CAGCAGCAGCAGCAGCAGCCACAACAACAGAUAAUGAAUUCAAAUAUCGAUAAUAAUAAUGGUAGUAAUAAUGGUUUACCGAUUGAUCGACAACAACAACAACAACAACAACAGCAGCAGCCACCAUAUUCAUAUCAACAAAAUCAAUUUCAAUCAUCAAUAUCAUGUGGACAAUUAGAAUUCUAUGUACAAUUAACAUUUGAUAAACCAUUCAAAGGAUUAGUUUAUGCAUAUAAAAUGUUUAAAAUUGAACAGAAUCCAAUGAUUACAAAUCAACAACAACAACAAAUUUAUGGACAUUAUUAUUAUCCAAUUGAAAUAUUGGAUUCAUGUACAAUACGUGGUAAUGGUGCAUCGAUCGUUUAUCUGGAAUUAUCAUUUUUAAGUGAAUGUAUUGAAAAAUUACAGCCAUUUUCAAUGAUGAAUACAAAUUUUGCUGAUAAUAUAGAAGAUUAUGGUAAUAAUAAUAAUAAAUCCAAUUUCAAUGAUACAAUGAUGAUGAAUGAAAAUAAUGAUGGUUUCAUCAAUACACAUACAAUCAAUCUAGAUGGAUUUAAUUUUCGUCGUGCUUUGAAUAAUAAUGAUAUGAUGCAAAUGAAUAGUUUUUAUCUUCAACAGCAGCAACAACAACAACAACAAUAUUAUCAUCAUCAUUAUCAUCAUCAGCAGCAAGAACAACGCCAACAACAACAACAACAACAACAUCAAUUAAAUAUAAGUAAAGAUGAUACAUAUCAAUUAUCACUUUAUAUACAGAAUGAUCCAAAAAUUGAACAAAAAUAUGAUAGUAAAGUUAUUGUACAAUGUUCACCAAGAGUAACAAAAAAUAUAAUUAUGGAACAUAAUUCAAAUUUAAAUGAUUUUUAUCGUAAAAUGGAUGAUAAUAAUAUUGGUGAUCAUAAUCAUCAUCAUCAUCAUCAUCAUCAUCAUCAUAUGAUGAACAAUGAAAUUGAUAUAACAAAUCUGAUUGAAUCACGAAUGGAUAUCUUACGUGGGCGUAUACCAUUCUUAAAAUUGAUUGAUAAUAAUGUAGAACUAGGUGAUGAUGUAACAUUGAUCAUAAGAACAAGGCAACUAGAUGAUUAUGAUUCUAGAAUAUCUACCUGUUAUGCAUAUGAUGAACAUGAUACAAUGCGUUAUGAAUUGACAAAUCAAGAUGGAUGUCCAGUCGAUUCAACCGUAAUGACAGCAUUCAAGGUGAUGCAUAAUGUUGGAUCCGAAUCAAAAGUUUAUUAUACAACAUUUCCUGCAUUUAAAUUUCCGGGUAGCCAAUAUCUAAAUAUACAAUGUACAUUAUUAGUUUGUCGCCAGAUUUGUCCAAAUCCCACAUGUGAUCACAAUCAACAUUCAAAUCGAAACACACAACAAUGGUAAAAAAUGUUGGCCAAAAAUCCUGUUGGAUCCCGAGAAUUAAUUCAGAACAUCAUCAA